UCGACAGAGGGGAAGUGAGCAGUGUGUGUGAAAUUUUAAAGUUUACAUUUCAGCAGAUAUGCGUAAGCUUUCAAGCAGCAUUCAGUAAAGGGAAGUCUUCUUACGCAGAUGUACAUACCGAAAUAGGUUGCUUGUGUAGUUUUCAGCGUCGUGGGAGAUAAUGUUGGCUGGAGGACUCGAAUAACCAGUGGGAAUCAGCAGCACACAGCGAGGAGAUCAUGUGGUGGUUCCAGCAGGGUCUCUGCUUCCUUCCUGCCGCUCUGGUCGUCUGGACGGCGGCGUCCUUCAUCUUCGCUUACAUCACAGCGGUGGUGCUGAGACAUGUGGAUCCUUUUGUGCCGUACAUCAGUGACACGGGAACGAUGGCCCCAGAAAGAUGCGUGUUUGGGAUCAUGUUGGAUGUAUCAGCCUUUUUAGGUAUGGCCACGAUGUACGUGCGAUACAAACAGGUGGAGGGCCUGAUAGGUGAGAGCGAGCUGGGGCUGCAGAGGCUGAACCGCGUCGGGCUGGUGCUCGGCUGGAUCAGCUCCUUCGGCAUGUGCGUGGUCGCCAACUUCCAGAAGACCACCCUGUUCUCCAUGCACCUGGUGGGAGCGGUGCUGACCUUCGGGUUCGGGGCUCUCUACAUCCUGGUCCAGACGCUGGCCUCGCUCUACAUGCAGCCGCACAUCCACAGCAAGAACAUCUACGUGGUCCGUCUCGUGAUCGGAGUGUGGACGCUGACCAGCAUCAUCAGCAUGUUUGUAUCCUCGGUCAUCAUGUACAGCAGCCUGCCGGGGGUGGACGUGCCUCGCAAACUCCACUGGAUCCCAGGCGAGACGGGUUACACAGCCCACAUUAUCAGCACCGUGUCUGAAUGGUCUCUGGCCUUCUCCUUCAUCAGCUUCUUCCUCACCUACAUCAGAGAUUUUCAGAAAAUCACUUUGCGAGCGGAAGCAGAUUUGCAGAGCAGUCAUCUGUACGACUGGACACACGGCGGCGGCAGACCGCCUCAUCAGGGCAAACACUCUGAAACGUCUCCGCUGCUGGCGGGAUCCACGUGACACAAACUGCCUUGACGCAAUAUUUUACUGUUUAUAAUUUCUUUGAAUGCUUUCGUAUGAGGGGUUUAUAUAAGGUGCGCUGGGUGUUAAACAGUCAGAGCAUCCAAACAUGUUCUCCCUCCAGUCUUUCCCUAUUUAUCCAGCCAGGUUGUCCAUCUGGGAUUUCUGUCUCCAGAUAAAUAUUUAAAGAGAGAACUUGAGUUGAGUCGCUUCCAGCCCCGGACAUUAACCCCAAAGAACAAAUAAAUAAACGAUUGGAGGAGAGAUGUUGUUGUGAUUUGGGUGAAACUGACCCCAAAAAUCCAAAUGUGAUGCUUUUGCACUUUUUUCUCCAAACUUUGAUAACAUCUCUGCACUUUAUAUAUUUAUAGUCUCAAAAGUGUUAGCUGAUAUUUAACCUUCCCGUGUGAUUUUACUGACAUCAGGCUCAUAUUUAGCUGCAUUUCAUCACUUUUAUUGAUUCGCUUUAUUUUGGUGUGCGAGUGUGGAAGAGGGGCGGUGCGAUGAAGCAGGUUCAACAUAUCCAGGGUUUCUUUAGGUGAUCUGGUUCAGGAGUCAGGAUCACGUUAUGGUCAUCGGCUCGAUGGGUCAACCGAGACAUGAAGACAAGUUCUGUAUUUUUAUGUUGGAUGUGAGACCGACUGUAGAACUAUGCUCCGACUCUGUGAGGGCAUGAGGAACUUUAUUUUUGUUCAGUGAUUUAUUUAUUUAUUUUUUCUCAAAAAGACAAAAAGUUAUUUCCAAAUCUUUUAAAGUCAACAUAAACAAGCUGUUUAGCUUUAUUUUAAACUAUAAUGAGCUUAAUUUCUGCUGAGAUAAGCCUUGAAAACAACUCAAUGUUGAUUCUGAGACAGAAGAUCUCUUGCAGCAGUUGCACCAUUGUCUUUGUUUUUAUAAGAUAUUUAAUACAUUUACAUGUUACAUGUUUUGCUGCUUAGUUGCCCCCAGAUCAGUUGCUACAGAAGCAAACCUGCGUUGUGACACUGAAACCCAGAGUUGAACCUGACAUUUCCUCACUAAACCACUAAUCCUGCUUCAUCGUACACACUCCUGCUCCAUAAUGAUAUAAUCAACGCUUAAGAUCUUGAUAACCAUGUUUUUCCUUAUGUCCCUUUAAUGCUGAACUUUAAUUUUUGAAAACAUUAUUCUAACUGCAUCAGCAUUCAGUUACUAUUUCAUGGGAACCUCCAAGGCUCUCAGCAGUUCUCCUGUAGGCGCCCUCACACGUGUUCUGCUCAUCUAUUACCUUUUGUGUUUGCUGGCUUGUAGUCAUCUGCUGUAUUUCUAUGCAAUCAUCAGACAACUUUGCAGUAAACUUUAAACUGUGGUUAAAUGGCAGUGCACCUCGUUUUA